AUGAUCACGAUGGGUCUCUUAGAGUAUAGAAAGCACCGGGUCGACUGCCAGCGCAAGCAGCACGAGCGCGCGACCAAGAUCGCGAGCCUGCCUGCGACCUACAGCUACCCCCUGACGCCGCAAGAGCGCCGCCUCCUCGCCAAGCCCAUCCAGGAGCUCGUCCAAGAUGUGCAGAAGAACGUCACCAGCCCCGUCGACCUCCUCCGCGCGUACGCCAAGGUCACGCUCAAGGCGCACGAGAAGACCAACUGCGCGACCGAGAUCCUCUUCCCCGAGGCCGAAGAAUGGGCCGCCAAGGAGUGCAACCUGAAGGGCCCACUCGCUGGCAUCCCCGUCUCGCUCAAGGACUCGGUGCAGGUGAAGGGCUUCGACAUCAGCGUCGGCUUCUCCACGCACACUGGGAAGCCGUAUGCUGCCGACGGGCCCAUGGUGCGCCUCCUCAAGGACGCCGGCGCCGUGCCCUUUGUCAAGACCAACCUGCCCACCACCCUCCUCUCCUUCGAGUCCACCAACGACGUCUGGGGCCGCACCACCAACCCCCACAACGCCGCCUACUCGCCCGGCGGCUCUACCGGCGGCGAGUCCGCUCUGCUUGCCUUUGGAGGGAGCCGCAUUGGCAUUGGCAGCGACGUCGCGGGGAGUGUGCGUGUUCCUGCGCACUUCAGCGGCUGCUACUCGAUCCGCUGCAGUACAGGGCGCUGGCCCAAGAUGGGCAUGAACACCGCUAUGCCCGGCCAGGAAGCCAUUCCCUCCGUCUUCAGCCCCAUGGCCCGCACGCUCAACGAUCUCACCUACUUCACCCGCAGCCUGAUCCAGUGCAAGCCCUGGGACUACGAUUACACCGUCCACCCGCUCGCCUGGCGCCAGGAGCUGGAAGAUGAGUACAGAGACAAGAAGGUGCUCAGAGUCGGCGUCAUGCGCACUGACGGCGUCGUCGAUCCAUCGCCCGCCUGCGCCCGCGCCCUCAGCCUGGUCGCCGACGCCCUGCGCGCAGAGGGCCACGAGGUCUUCGACGUGUCCCCGCCGUCUCCCUUUGAAGCGCUCAAGCUGGCCUCCCACCUGCUCCUCUCCGACGGCGGGCAGACGUUCAUGUCCUUUUUCCGCACAGGCGAAUGGAACGACCUCGGUGCGGCAGUCAUGGUGCGCUACAUGCGCCUCCCGCGCUUCGUCAAGAAGCUGCACUACUGGUGGGUCAAGUACGUCCGCCGCGACCGCAUCUGGGCCGACCUGAUCAAGGACUGGAGUCCCAAAUCCGCCUACGAGUACUGGCAGCUCGCCGGCAGGCGCGAGACAUACAAGGCGCAGUUCUACGACUGGUGGAACACGCAGGACAUGGACGCCAUGCUCGUUCCCCCCAACGCUACGCCCGCCGUGCCGCACGGAGGCAUGCACGACGCCGUUAGUUCGUGCGGCUACACGUUCCUCUUCAACCUGCUCGACUACUCCGCCGGCGUGCUCCCCGUGACCCACGUCGACGCGGUCGCCGACGCGCUCCCUGCAACGUUCAAAUUCAAGCAGCUCAAUGGCAUCGCACAGGGCGCGUACAAGCACUACGACGCCGCCAAGAUGGCCGGUCUACCCGUCGGCGUGCAAGUCGUGGGGCGAAGACUGCAGGAGGAAAAAGUGCUCGCCAUCAUGGAGCGGGCCGAAGACGCACUAGACAAGCAUGGUGGGCGAUACACAUUACUCGAGGUAGACUAG